UUAGGGGAGAGGGGAGAGGGGAGAGAGGCUUGGUUCGGGCGUCGUCCUCCGUUUUCUCCUCGUCCACUCGCGCUGUGCCAUGGUAGUCGAACGUGAAUGCGGACGGGGGGAGGAGAAAAGGCAAAGGAAGCCCCCCCCCACCGGCGCGGGAGCUUCUAGAGGCGCAAAUCAAAGUGCAAUUAUGAGCCGUAACCAUAAAGUUAUAUAUGCGUAUAUAUGGCUUUCCAUCCACGUCCACGAGGGAGGGCGGAAUCUUGGAGGAACGUGCAAAAAGAAUAAAGAGUCGAGCUUAGAAGUGAACUCGAAGCCUGAUGCUUGUCCAAUGUCCCCCCCUUCCCUCCGGGACCUCCAGCAGCUAGAAGCCGGCCGGCCGGGGUCUACACACCAAGUCGACUCGAGUAUAGCAAUAAACAAUCGGUCGCGUACCCUCAUUAUACUCCGAAUACCUAUCGCCCCUCUUUUCCCCAGUCCUAUUAACACCCCCCCCCCCCCCCUCCCCCUUUUUUUUUUCUUUUUUGCUUCUGCUGUUUUUUUCGCUUCCUUGGGCAUGGCCCAAUAUAAUUAUGCGACACGAUACCGUCCACAGUGACUCGAACAGAGAGGCCAUUUUCAGGUCCCGGGAUAGGAGAUUUUUAGAAACAUGUCUUGCCCGCAGCAUAACAGAACGCGUAGAAAUAUAGACAGGUACCUGUAUCGUCAAGCAAAGGGGGAGCU